CCACCAGGGGGUGGUGGGAACCGCGGUUCCGGGAUGGUAGGCGGCGGCGGCGGCGGGGGCGGCGGGCUCCUAGAGAACGCCAACCCCCUCAUCUAUGAGCGCUCGGGGGAGCGGCCGGUGACAGCGGGCGAGGAAGAUGAGCAGGUGCCCGACAGCAUCGACGCCCGCGAGAUCUUCGAUCUUAUUCGCUCCAUUAAUGACCCGGAGCACCCACUGACACUGGAGGAACUGAACGUAGUAGAGCAAGUUCGGAUUCAGGUUAGUGACCCCGAGAGCACAGUAGCGGUGGCCUUCACACCCACCAUCCCACACUGCAGCAUGGCCACGCUCAUUGGCCUUUCUAUCAAAGUCAAGCUUCUGCGAUCCCUUCCCCAGCGUUUCAAGAUGGAUGUGCACAUUACACCCGGGACCCAUGCCUCGGAGCACGCAGUGAACAAACAGCUUGCAGAUAAGGAGCGAGUGGCAGCUGCCCUGGAGAAUACCCACCUGCUAGAGGUUGUUAAUCAGUGUCUGUCAUCCCGCUCAUGAGCCUGGCUUUUAAGGAUGAGCCUGCACACAUGUGUCAUAGUCUCAGCUCCACCAAGGGCCUGUGGCUUUGUUUUCUUGAAUCACUGACAAUGAGAAACUUAACUUUUUUUUUUUUUUUUUUAAUAAACCCUUAAUUUAUAUUCA